AUGGCAUUGUUUGGUAAAGUUAUUCAUUUUUCCAUUGAUGUAGUGCUUGUAUCUACAUGUCUAGCAGGCAUAAAGAGAAAUACCGGAUUGACACUUAAAACUGACUAUUUAGGGGACGGUCCAGUAAAAGAAUAUACGAAUAAACUUUUGAAUAUGGGAGAUUCUGUUUUUGAUUAUGCAGUUGCCACUUGUGGCUCUUCAAGUUACUUCAAGAGAAGAUAA